AUGGAAAGAAUGCGCGAACGAGAUGCAUAUAUGCGAUCUGUUAUAGAAACACUGAAUGAAUUCAAAAAAAAAUUAAAAGAAUAUGAUAUAAAGAAAGAUCAGCUGCAAAAAGAUCUUUUAGAUGUGAAGAAAAGCGUGGAUGAAUGUGCUAGAAGGGUUUUAACUUUUUAUUUUGAAUUACAGGCAGAUAAGUUAGAAGAACAGUAUACAUGGAUUAAAGAAGAGAAGCAUCACUUUGGUCAAGAAGGCUCCGCAUAUGACUUUACUAAUUAUUCAGUAGAAAUGGGUCAGAAAGAAUUAGAUGAGAAAACAGUUCGAAGGCAUUUGCUAGAACGAAGUAUUAAUGCAAAAUUAGAAAUCAGGAUGGAACAACUGAUGAAUGAUAAGGCUAAACUGCUGGAUGCAAUUAUAAAAUUAGAUAUCAAAAAGAAAAAUGAAAUUGUUUGGGCUCAUGAAAGAGUGAAUGAAGACUUCGGUAACAUCUUUUCUACGCUAUUACCUGGAACAAAUGCAAAGCUUGAACCUCCAGUUGGAGUUGCUUCAGCAACAGGUGGCUUAGAAGUUAAAGUUGCUUUCAGAAACAAAUGGAAAGAGUCACUUGGUGAAUUGUCAGGUGGUCAACGUUCUCUAGUAGCUCUGUCUUUGGUAUUAGCAAUGUUAAAGUUUAAGCCAGCUCCUAUUUAUAUUUUGGAUGAAGUAGAUGCAGCUCUUGAUCUAUCACAUACUCAGAAUAUUGGAGCCAUGAUCAAAACACAUUUUAAGGAAUCACAGUUCAUUAUUGUGUCACUCAAAGAUGGGAUGUUCAAUCACGCAAAUGUACUUUUCAAAACUCGGUUUGUUGAUGGUACUUCUACAGUGCUACGCACCGAAAAUAGGAAUCAGUGGGUUAUCGAUCACCCCAUGAAAAUGCAUUCCGAAAGAGGAAAGGCAUAUAAUAAUAUGCCAAGUAAAAAACGUAAAGAAAUGGAGAAGUAG